AUGUUCUGUGUUAACGUUGCAGUGUCCAAAGUGGCAUUACAAGAAUAUGAGGAACUGAAGGCAAAGUAUGACAAAGAAAUGGCACUAAAACAGGCAGCUGAAUCUUUUGCAUCUAAGUUGCAUGCACAAUCUGCUGUUAUAAAAAGACAAAGUGCUGCAAUCAUCAGCUCCUCUGCAGCCAAUGAACAGUUGGCUAAAGCCAUGAAUGAAAUAGAAAAUCUCACAAGACAGUUAGAAAGCAAUGAAGAAAAAAGCAAAAAAGAGAUUGAUGAUCUCAAAGUUGCAUUGGAAAAAGCUGGAAAUGUAGAACACAUAGAGAAGCUGGAGGAAAAUGUGUCUUCUUUGUCAGAACAAAUUGAAGCAAUGACUGAAAAAUUAGCAGUUUCAGAUAACAAAAUAAUGGAACUUGAAAGGCAGAAGGCUGCUAUAGAAAGUGAGUUGAGGGCUGCUGAGAAGAAACUUUCUCCUUCCAUUCCUCCACCACCACCUCCUCCUCCUCCUCCUCCACCAGCCUCACAUGUCAUAGAUGUGUUCCGCAAUAUUACCAAAAUGAUAAGAAAAAACAAAGAAGCAAAAGGAUUGGUGCCUGCAGGUGCUGAUAAAGAAAAAGCCGGAAACGAGGUGUAUGCUGCAGCUAUAGAUGAAAUGAUGGAGAGAAUAAAAAGAGGGAACCUACAACUGAAACCUAUAGCAGCACCCAGAAGUUCUACGAAGAGGGCCAGUAAACCAACUGCCAUGGAUGAAAUGCAUGGCUUGCUGGUCAAACUGAAAAGGACAAAUUCUGAAAGUGAAAGUAGGGCAAGAGCAGAGGAAGAGAAGGGAACAGAAUUGUCCCAGAUUUUACUUAGAAGGAGAAACAAGACAGAAGGAUCUCUUCCAGAAAUCAUGGAAGAAGUGAAAGAAUCUGAGACAGAAGAUGCAGUGUUUGGAUAGGAAGAGACUUACCUCUACACUAUGGAUUUUGAUUGACUUUGCAGUCGAGGGAUGUGUCUAUGCAUAUUUUUUAAAGCAUACAAGUGUUGGUCAUAUUUCAAUUAAUGUUCUCCAAAGGCAAUACGUAAUGUAUGCAAAGAGGGACAGUUUAAUAGAUUUUGUUUUGUAACUUUUUAUCUUUUUUUUAUUUAGUCUGUGCUUACACUUGUGUCUCAAGACAUAUCAUGUCACUAUUUUUUUUAAUAUGUGACCACUUGCCAUGCUCAACAAUCACAUUUUGAUGCAAAGUGUAAAUGUGAGAAAUGUAUGAAACAAUUUGGUCAUCUUUAGUGUAAAGAGAAAAAUGGGAAUUAAUAUAUCUGUUGAGCUAAGAAUUCGGAAGAAUAAUCAUUUCUGAAUAAAAAAAGUUUAUGCAAUUGACAACAGAUAAACUUUUUAUUUUAACUUUUCACAAAAAAAAGCUGAAAAAUAGAAUUUGUUUACAAAAGCUAUAUAUUAUAGACCAUUGGAAAAGAAAAAUAAUGGAGGCAUUUACAAUAAAAGAUUGAUAUGGUGCCUA